AUGGCCAGUCCGGUACCUCAGCAAGAAGAGCUCCAGCAGCAACCGCGACAGAGUCCAAGUGUCAUCGAGCCUGAUGACUUUACCGAUGCCGACUCCGCUUACACCGGCUCGUCAGUCUCCUUGUUGUCGCAGUCUCUUGUCCAGCUGGGCUCCUCACUAACACACCCAGCGCAACAGCCUGGGAGAUGCCAGCUACACCACCAGUAUCACCUCGAGUGCGAUGAAUUACACAACGGUCGCAGAUACCAUUCAUACCACGAAGGCGAAUACGUGCUGCCGAAUGAUGAGCAAGAACAAGACCGCCUGGACCUGAGCCACCACAUCUAUCGCAUCCUACUGAAAGGCGAACUCCACGCUGCGCCGAUCAAAACCCCCAGACGUGUACUGGAUAUCGGAACUGGGACCGGAAUCUGGGCCAUCGAUUUUGCAGACGAGCAUCCCGAGUCGGAGGUGAUCGGGAACGACCUGAGCCCCAUCCAGCCCUCCUGGAUCCCCCCGAACUGCCGAUUCGAGAUCGACGACUUCGAGUUACCAUGGUCCUACAGCCAACCCUUUGACUACAUCCACGGCCGUGAGCUGGAAGGCGCCAUCCGCGACCAUGACACCCUCUUCCGCCAGGCAUUCGAGAACCUGAGACCCGGCGGGUGGCUGGAGAUGUCAUCGAUGGAGGUCAACUCAUAUUCCGACGACGGCACGCACCUCAAGGCCAAGAGUCUCAUCGAAGGGAUCAAGAAUAUGCAUCUGGCGUCCAAGAAGCACGGCAAGGAUAUGACAACCAUGUCGACGUGGAAGGACAAGAUGGAGAAGGCGGGUUUCGUGAAUGUCCGCGAGGACAUCUACAAGCUCCCCCAGAGUCCCUGGGCCAAGGACCCCAAACUCAAGGAACUCGGCCGCUACCACCAGAUCAACAUGUUCGAGGCCGUCGGCCCUUACUCCUUCGCCCUCUUCACCCGCUACCUUGGCUGGAGUCGCGCCGAGAUCGAGGUCCUGGUCGCAGGAAUGCGCCAGGAGCUACGUGACUACCAGAACUUCCAUCUCUACACCAAGGUACACGUCAUAUACGGCCAACGACCGUAG